GUUUAGACAACUUGCGAUCACAGCUAGGAUUGAACUGACGGAGCGAAGAAGCUCAACGAACGAUGGGUACGGCCACAGUGCUAUCGCUGGUGCUCGUGCUGGCGGGCGUUUCCCAAGCCGCCAACAUACUCUUCAUGUCCGGCGUGCCAUCCCCAAGUCACUACAUCUGGUUGCGCCCACUGAUGUACGAAAUGGGACGCCGGGGCCACAACGUGACCGUGCUCAGUGCGGACAUAGAGAAGCAACCGCCCGCCAACGUGACGUACAUUCAUCUGGAGAACUUCUACAGCACCAUGUACAACACGUCGAUGCGCCAGAAGCUCAACUUUUUCGACAUGGCGAACGAAAGUCCGGCCAAAAUGUUGAAGCUCUUUGACGAGUUUGGGCUCAAUCUGUGCGAGGCGGCAAUCAAAUCGGAAGGACUGCACUUCCUGCUCGGCUAUCCGACCGACUUCAAGUUUGAUCUGUUUCUGAGCGAUUUCAUGAUCGGUCCGUGUGUGCCAGCGAUCAUAAUGCAUCGGUUUAAGGGUGUACCAUACAUUCCAACGACUCCUUACAAUGCACCGUCGACGGCGGCCACCGUACUCGGGGCGUACGCUUACUCCGGACUGGUGCCGAAUCACGUGUUCGACGCUCCGGAAAGUAUGAGCUUUAUGCAGAGGGUGAAAAACUUCUACUACGAUCUGUACGAGAUGAUCCUGCACGAUACGCUGAUGCACCCGGAGGCGGACAGGAUCGUGCGCAAGCUGUAUCCAGACGCGCCACCGUCGAAUAGUUUCUACAAAAACGUACGCCUAUCGCUCGCCAACAUUAAUCCGAUCAUUCAGUACAAGGAACCACUGAUGCCCAAUAUGAUACCGGUUGGAGGGCUUCAGAUACUUCCGCCAAAGGGACUUCCGGAAGAUUUGCGCAACGUUGUGGAGGGAGCGAAGAAUGGGUUCAUUCUGUUUUCGCUCGGCAGUAACGCGCGCAGCGAUCUGCUUGGCCCGGAACGGAUUCGGAACAUUCUCACCGCCAUGGAGCGGUUACCGCAGUAUCAGUUCCUGUGGAAGUUCGAGUCGGACGAAUCGAAGCUACCGAUGGCGGUGCCGAAAAACGUGUUCAUUCGUGCGUGGAUGCCACAGAACGAUCUGCUGGCACAUCCGAACGUGAAGCUCUUCAUCACGCACAGCGGUCUGUUGAGCACGCAGGAAGCGAUCUGGCACGGUGUACCGAUCAUUGGAUUCCCGGUGUUUGCAGAUCAGUUCCGAAAUAUCAACUACUGCGUGGAGGCAGGCAUUGGGAAACGGCUCUCCAUACAACACUUCCAGGCGGAUGAGUUAGUGCAGGCAGUGCGGGAAGUGUUGGGCAGUGAUCGGUACAGUGCGAGGAUGAAGCGCAUAUCCCGGUUGUUCCGGGACCAGAAGGAAACGCCACUGGAAAGAGCCGUUUGGUGGUGUGAAUGGGUUCUCCGAAAUCCGGAUGCUGAUCUUCUACAAUCACGUGCCAUGUAUAUGAGCUGGUACCAGAAGUAUUCUUACGACGUGCUGACGUUCUAUCUCGCUGUGAUUCUUGCCCUUGUGGCGUUGGCAUGGAAAUUGUUGAGUAUAGUUAAGCAUAGUUUGCUUGCCAGCAGCACAAAAUCGAAGGUUGAGUAAGCGUUAAGGGAAACCUUUCCGUCGUGUACAAAGUGUAGUUGAUAUUCACGUUUUACCACUCGAGUGUGUACAGUACACAUAAGAUUCAUGCAAUAAACUAGGAUUAGUACCUCGUGUAGAGAUAAAACGA